GAAAGCGCAAUUCAAAUAUUUCAAACAAGAGUCACGUGAUUGACAAAAGAAUGGAAAAUCUAGCCUGACCUGACUGACGGUUAACCAUUCAAGUUGGAAGGCAAACAAGAGGAAGGCGGCAUUUUCUUGUCGUAGUCGCAAUAAGCAGGAAGUGAUUUUAUAAGAAGACAAUGGCGAACGAGAGAGAAAGAAAGAAAAGGCGAAAUGAAGAUAAUGGAGAUUCGCAGCAAGCGAAAAAAGCAAGGGAACAAAAUAUUUCCCAUUCAUUUGCUGCUGAUCAAACUAUCGGAAAAGUGAAACGAGUUUUCAUGCGAAACUUCAUGUGCCAUGAUGCAUUAGAAGUUGAUUUAAAUCCAAAUGUUAAUUUCAUUGUGGGACGCAAUGGAAGCGGGAAAAGUGCGAUUUUGACUGCUAUAAUGAUUGGUCUUGGUAGUAAGAGUAAAAUUACAAACCGAGGAACUUCCGUAAAAGGAUUAGUACAAAAUGGCAAAAAUACUGCGGCUGUUGAAAUAAGUUUGACAAAUGCAGGAGUUGGUGCUUACAAGCACGAUAUUUAUGGCGAUGUCAUUACAGUUUGUCGAGCAAUCGGUGCGAGUUCUGGUUACAAAAUCAAAAAUUGGAGAGGCGAACUUGUCUCUAAUAAGAGAGAGGAACUUGAUAAAAUUGUUGACGCAAUGAAUAUUCAGGUUGAAAAUCCAAUUUCGAUAUUAAAUCAAGAUGUGUCGAGAUCCUUUUUAGUUUCAUCGACUGCACAAAACAAGUAUGAAUUGUUUAUGAAAGCCACUCGUUUGAAUGUUAUUGGUCAAAAUUAUAAUGAAGCUCGUCUUUGCAAUGAUGAUUCGCAUCGUCGUUUAGCGUCUACCGAACAGUCAAUGGAAGAAACAAGAGCAGAAAUUGCUCAAAUUCAAGAUAGCUUGCAGAUGUUGAAUUCUGCAGAUGAAGCGCGUGAUAAUUAUGAAAAAUUACAAAUCGAAUUGUAUUGGGCGAUUGUUUCUGGUGAAGAAGAAACUGCAAAAAAAUUGCAGCAAAAACUUUCUGAUUCUGAGAAUGAAGUCAAGAAAUUAGAAGCUAUCGAUGGGGAGCGAGAAGAAAAAUUAUCAAAAAUCAAGGAGAAAUUAGAAAAAUUGGAUCUUAAAUGUCAGGAAAUAAGGGCUGAAUCCGCGAAUAGUGCUGAAUUAUACAGACAGACGAAACAAGCUUAUUUGCAGAGUAAGGACGAUCAUGCUGCAAUAGUGAAAGACUGGCGUGUUUGUCAGGGUAAAGCGAAACGAAUAGAAACUGAUAUUGGACUUCUUAAAAAGGAAAUUGAACGAUUGGAAGCUGGUAGCAGCAAACAAGAAGCAGAACGACAGCAAUGUCGGGAGAAACUGGCACAGUUUGAACAGAAUUUAGAUGAAGUUGAAGCCACUUUACGCACCAAGCAAACGGAUCAGAUGCAUUUGGAUGCUGACAUAAGAGAGCACAUGAGGAGAGAAGAGCAUACCUUGAGAGUUCAAGUUGAAAGUAGUAACAAUAAGAUGAAACAAAUUUCACAGAAGUUGGCGGCCAUCAAGAAACAAAAGAACGAUGACAUUGCAGUUUACAGUCCGAAUAUGCCUCGUCUUUUGAAACGAAUCGACGAAGAAUAUCGAAGAGGUAAAUUUCGAUGUAAACCCAAAGGACCAGUUGGAGCUUUUAUUAAAGUAAAAGAUCCCCAGUGGAUACCUGCUGUUGAGAAUUUUCUCUCCAAUUCACUGAGUUCUUUUUGCGUCGAUAAUCGAGCAGACGCAAGUAAACUCGGUUUAAUUAUGCGCGAAAUUUUUCGCGACGAAAGAUGUCCUCAGAUUAUUUCCAGCAAAUUUUACGAUCGAGUUCACAAUGUUCAACAACAUUGCACACGUUCACCAGACUUUCCGAGUCUCUUGGAAAUGAUGGAGAUAUCCGAUCCAGUGAUAGCGAACUGCUUAAUUGAUCAGCGAGAAAUUGAAUGUGUUUUGCUAAUUCCAACCAGUGAUCAAGCUUGCAAAGUAAUGUGUUCAGCUCAAUAUGUUCCAAACAAUUGUAAACGAGCUUUCACUCAACAAGGAGAUCUCUUCUUUCCUGCACCCAAUUACAAAACUUAUGGUGGCAGACGUGGAAUGAGGGCAAAAUACCUUCAAGUCUCAACUUCUCAAGCAAUCCAAAUUUUAGAAGAAGAUUUAGCGACCGCAAGUGAAGAGCAAAAGAGGUCUUCAACAGAAUUGCGCGCUGUUUCAGCAAGAAUUAACACUGCAAAUGCCGAGUUACAGAAGAUAAAUGAAAAAGUUCAUCAAUUAAGAUCAAUUGAGAAUAAAUUAAAAACUGCAAUUGCUUGUGAAAAGGACAAACUUGAGGUAGUUGCAAGCAAUUCGAUUGAAGUUUUUACGACUGACAUGGAUCGAAAUCAAAAAAGAUUACAGGAGGUAAAAACAGAGGAAGAUGCUUUGCAGAGAGAAAUUGUCGUGAGACAAAAUAGAGUUGCAGAAUUAGAUGCUGAUACGAAACGUUAUAGGAAUAUAGUUAAUGAAACUGAAGUGAGACUUACUCCAGUUAGGGAGGAAAUAGCCCAAUUGAAAGAAAAACAAUCUAUUUUGAGCUCGAACCAUGAAAACACGGCGAGAAAAAUGAAUAUCGCUAAGCAGAAUAUUGAUAAAUGUAAAGUUGAUUUGGAAAAUCAACAACGUACUGUUGUUCUUGCCACUAAAAAAGCGACGGAUAAGGGCGAGAAAGUUGAAGUAACCAGAUCCCAGAGAGAAUUGACUCGUCUUUCAAAAGAGAUUCAAUCGACAAUCGAAAUUAUUGAAAACCAAUAUGGCUCUAAAGACGAUUUGAAUAAAGAGCUACAGGAGAAAUUGGAGAAAUUCAGUAAAAUUGAUGAAUUUCAUAAAGUUCUUGCAAAAUCUUGCCAGAAACAUAAAGUGAGACUUGAGAAGCGUCGUCGUUUAUUUGAAGAAAUGAAAAAAGAAAUUGGAUACAAAGUUCAACAGUCCUUUCAAACUAUUCUGCGUCUACGAAAGUACAAGGGAACAAUUGAUAUUAAUCACAAGGAGAAAACACUUUUGCUCGAAGUGAAUCCUCAAAAUGAUGCGAAAAGGCCAACAAAUGAUGCGAAAUCUCUUUCCGGUGGCGAAAGAUCCUAUUCCACUGUUGCAUUUAUUUUGGCUCUCUGGGACUGUACUGGAUUACCAUUUUAUUUUCUCGAUGAAUUCGAUGUUUUCAUGGAUAAAAUUAACAGGCGUAUUAUAAUGGACCUCUUGAUAGAACACACCAGAUCUCAUCCUCAAAGUCAGUUUACUUUCUUGACACCUUUAGAUACAUCGAGCAUUGAUGUUAAUGACCAAAUAACAAUUCAUCGGCUAGCUCCACCAGAAAGAGCGGAAAACUAAAAAUCAUCCAUUCCAUCCACACAAAUCUUCUAUUCGUUCACAAGCGCUUUAAUUAGUGUUUAUUCGUUUAUACCAUUAAGUAUAUGUCCUAUUUAUGAUUCCGUAAUGAUGCCUUAAGAGAAAUGAAAGAUGUGUUCCUCCCAGUGAACAUAAACUAUAUAAGGUAUUUACUUGUUCCUUAAUAUAUUACAAAAAAAAGAAUUUAUUUCGCCGUUAAUUUAAACUGAUUAUUUACAAUCAAAAAAAUGAAGAAAAUGAAAAAAAGAAACAAUUAUAUCUAUUAAAAAUUAAUAUUGUUUCUACGUUUAAAAAUCUUGUUUCCAAGGCAAUCAUCGUUUGUUGUUUUGUCUCGUCAAAGCAAACUUAAAAAUAUAUGACAUUUAUUUAUAGUUUGAUAUUAUCAAAAAGAAUUUAUUUUGUCGUUAAUACAAACUGUUUAUUUGCAAACAAAAAGAAAAAACAAAAAAAAAACAGUGCUGGCCGUUGAAAAGUAUUUUUUAAAUAUUUUCUUUUAACUCUAUUGAGUUAAAACUACUGUCGUCGUUCUGUCGUUUGUCUUUCUUGUAUAUUAAUCGUUCCGUUAAGAAAAAAGAAGGUAAUUUCCUAUUCGGAAAUCAGGUGCCUUGAUAUAAACAGUAUUACACGUUUAGUUUAGAGUUAAUGUGUAAUAUAAAAUAGAAGAAAAUAUAUAUUUCGUACCAAAAUUCGUUAUAUCAACAAA